AUUCUUGGAAUGCCUUGGCCACAGGUUGAAUGUAUCUGCUUGUUGUACACAGGGCUUGAUUGGCAUAUCAUGUUCUUGACUGAUUAUUGUCAUUUUGGAAAUCCCAAAGCUUUGUGCAGGUUGAUACAUAUUAAAUGAAGACAUGUAGAUAUGAAGAAUGGGGAAUAAAGCGACAUCACCUAGAAAGGACUUUGAUGGAGGAGAAGUGAGAGGGAGAAGUAGGUCUUUCACUGGAAUAACCUCAAAAUUUCGUAAACGUAGCAAAAGUCCUCCUCGAGAACGGAGUUCUUCAUUCACAGACACCAGGCCCAAAAGGGGAAGUUUUAAGUUUUCUCCUCAUAAUGGAGGAGUUUCCACUCCAAAUGGACACACUCCUUCAGGAGGCAACCAGCGUUCUAGUCCUACCAAAAGCAUCUCUAUUAAGUCAGGCGAUAGAUCUCGAGAAGAAGAAAAUGACUCCUCUAAGUUAUUGUCCACUUCCUGUCCAACUCGCUCCAGACAUUUCCCUCCACUUCUGGACCCCAGCUUGCCAAAUGAGAGUAAACAAAAGGAUACCUUGGGUCGAGACACAAUACGCAGAUCUCUGACUUGCAAAGACAGUGAAUCUCCGAGACUCGGUCCAAAACAGAUGAGACAGAUCUCAAGGGACAUGUAUGCUGAUAAGUUAGCAGACAUCUCAAAGCGACGAGGACUGGCUGUCCAGAACCGAGAUUUGUCCAUGUCUCAGUCUAGUCUAGGUCUAUUCUCCUGUAAAUCACAGUCUCUCCAUAGCUUGGGCAAUGUUGGUUUGGAGGAUGAGGAAGAAAUUAAUGGUCCUGUGUAUGGGAAGAUAAUUCUAAGACAGAACAGACCAAAGCACCUACAUAUGAACAGAUAUAGUGGUGAUUUUGAUCUCAGAGUAAGGACUAGUGAUUUUAACAGCAAGCACUGUGCUUUAACGAGAAAUGAAAGUCCCUCUCAACCACAACACAGGGUAUCACAGCCUGUCAUGUCGUCAUCAGACUCAAAGGUGCAGAAAAACACUCAGAGGUCACCAGAGGAAGUAGUGCAGGCCCGACGAAUGUUGGUCUAUCGAGCUUUGAAAACGGAUGGAGAAGAACUUGGCCAUACAGGCCCAGAUCACGUUGACAUUUUGCGUGACCUGACUAUGGAUCAACAAGCCGUGGACUGCUGUCCCCUGUGUCACAUGCCCUUUGACAAAGGGAAGAAGCGUCGACUGAUUGACACCUGUGGACACGCCAAAUGUUACAGCUGCAUGUUCACCUACGAUACCUGUCGAAUCUGUGAAAACAAUCCCACAGGAGCAGGCCAUCACAUUAGACAAAGCAGUGAUAUCUCUCCAUACAGUAAUCGUCCCAGGAUGAAGACCAAUGGUCAUUUUACCCCUCAGAUGAGAACGGAGAUUUCCACCCAAACCACACCCUCCAAAUCAACACCCACAUCUCUGUCCCUCUCAAAUGUCUACCAUGGUGGAAAACAGAUACCUGAGCCACAAGUUCCUGCAUCCAAACCUAGAUUCUUCAAACCUAUAUCACUGUCUCCAACUGGCCCCAACCCACCACCAUCUGUACCUUCAUCACAGAAGAGUAACAUGUCAGAUUCAGCAGCCAUUGCUCCAUCAGAUCCCAGUGCAGACCCUAGUCUAACACCUUAUGAUGACCUUGAUGAGUUGUCAAGGUUAGAUAGGGAGGGACCUGCUCUGGAUUUAAAUGAUCAUCUAGAUCCCCCUCCUCCCUCUCCAGAUGUUGCACAGAAUGACCUUAUGGUCAGACUGGGUUUGUUACUCUCAGACAAAGGUCGAACUUCCAAUGACCCAGGUCAGAUGUCACCUAUGUUGACUCGUAAAGGUAAACAAGGACAUCAGGUGACAGAGGAAACAUUUACCAGCGUGUCAUCUUUAGGCAGUAAUGAGGCAACCCCUGAGAGAGGAAUCUCCACCCCAGACCGGGGGAUCUCUGACACCAGCCCUCUGUCAACUCUCACUGCUUCCUCUGGUAGUGAGAGGGGCCACUAUGCUGGAAUUAGGAUGGGUACCGAGUCCCUCUUUACAAGCAGGGACCCCAGUGCAGAAAGUAUGCACUCAUUCAUGUCUACUAGUACUGGGAACAGUAUGAGUCCCCACACCACAACACAGCGGCCUCACUCCAUCACAACCUCAACACCAGGACAAAUAGAGGAUUUGUUUGGCAAGAGAGGAAACUUCCGCAGGUCCUCUGCUCGUGCUACAAUAGGUCACUCAAGUGAACGUCGUAUCAACAUUACACCAAUCAAACCACCACAAAUUAGACUCAAAGCCUUACCUUUUGAGGUGCCCCAUAAUGAGGGGAAAGCCUUAUUUGUAGGGAGGGAAUGGCUGUUCAAGGACAUAGAAAUGGCUCUGAACAGCGAGCCCACCAUAGACAGGGUAAGAGGAGUGGUCCUGACUGGGGGUAUAGGUGCAGGAAAAACAGCCAUUAUAGAACAGUUAGUGGACUGCAGUGUGUUCACUGAUGGCAGGAGUGGACUUGUAGAAGGAAAUGAACACAAAAUAAAUCGAGAUAAAAUGGUGUACAAUGGUUUGACGAAUUACAGUCCGAAAUCCACUCUGUCCCACGGCCUUAGUGCCUCCUCCUCUGACCUCACCUACGACUGUCUGAGAAGUCUGGGAUCCCAGGUGGUAGCUUUCCAUUUCUGUCAGGCAGACAACAACAUCACAUGUUUGGUCCCGGAGUUUGUCCACAGUCUGGCGGCACGUUUGACACAGGCACCACAACUCUCCUCCUUUCAUGAGCUGCUUCUACAAGAUCCACAGCUACAACAUGUACUGAGUCUGAAGGAGUGUGUACAGAACCCAUCCAGUGCUUUCAUUAAAGGAAUCCUUGAUCCUUUAGAGUUGUUAAAAGCAGAUGGCAAAAUAACAUCAGACAGUUGUUUGAUUGUGAUAGACUCUUUGAAUGAGGCUGAGUUUCAUAAGCCUGAUUAUGGUGAUACUAUAGCCUCAUUUUUAUGUCGGCAUGUAGAACAGUUCCCUCCGUGGCUGAAGUUAGUUUUAACUGUGCAUUCUUCUUUGGUAGAUAUCACCAAAGACCUUUGUUUUACCACUGUUUGUAUUGACCGUGACCAAAGCAAUGACCUAAUAGGCAAGGACCUUAUAGAUUAUGUGAACCACAGGAUUGAAACCAGCCCCAGUAUUGUAAACAAUAUUUCUUUGAAUGGUAAAUUAGAACAGUCUACACAAGUCAAGUUCUGUCAUCAUCUACAGACACUGAGUAAGGGUUCCUUCCUGUUCUGUAAGAUGACCUUGGACCUGAUAGAGCGAGGACACCUAGUGCUUAAAAGUUCAAACUAUAGGAUUUUACCCAUGAACAUCUCAGAGGUGUUCCUAUUACAUUUCAACUUGAAAUUCCAAAGUGUGAGAUCCUUUGAGAAAGUUUCUCCCAUUUUGGCUGUGUGUUUGUCCACUCUGUACCCCAUGAACUUGGAGGAGAUUUAUGACACCAUAAACUCGGGUUAUACGGAGCACUUCCUGCCCUGGGAAGAAUUCACCCAGAGAAUGAGCAUGCUCCAGGGAUUUUUAUUUCUGCGUAAAGACUCCACCUACAUGUUCUUCCACCCCGCCUUCAGGGAGUGGCUAAUUCGCCGUGACGAAGUGGAUAAUCCUAAAUUUCUCUGUGAUCUUCGUGGUGCAGAAUUUGACCCAAGACAUGGCCAUGCUCUGGUAUCUUUCAAGUUGUCUAGGAUUAUGGCACCACUCAAUGCAGAUAAGACCAUAGAGUUAGGGCACCACAUUUUAAAAGCCCACAUCUACAAAACGGUCAGUAAGCAGCGUGGCUACUCCUCACGUGAUAUGCAGGCGUAUUGGAUGGCCCUCAGUUCGGAGAGUCUUAAUGCUGCCCUGGCCUCACAUCGGAACCUCUUCUCUCCAAAUGUCAAGGUGAGUAGGCUGAUUCUUCUGUCUGGAGCUAACCCCAACACAAGGACCCCAUACCAGAACAACUCCCCUAUCAUGUGUGUUGCAGCUAAGGAGGGAUUCACGGACAUGGUGUCCCUCCUCCUGGAAUUCAGCGCCAGUGUCGAUGCAGUGUCGGACAGUGGUAUGUCAGCAUUGUGUUACGCGGCCAGCGCUGGACAUACAGAAAUCUUACGUAUGCUGUGUCAGAGGAAUGCGAGGCUGUCUCAUGUGGAUAAGAGCGGUCAGUGUCCGGCCGUCCAUGCUGCCAUGCAUGGUCACUUGGAUGCCCUCAUCUAUCUUCUGCAAUGUGAUUGGUCAGAAUAUGAUGGUCAACUAACUAAAGUGGAAGCCCUGCAGCAAGCUAUGGUGGCAUCAGCCGCUACUGGACACGCCAAUAUAAUUGACUUCCUGUUACAUAACUACUCUGCUACUGCAGAUGGGUUUGGAAUUAACUACUGUGAUACUUUACUUGGUGAAACAGCCUUGACUGCAGCCUGUGGACAUGGCCACAAAGAUGUGGUAUUGUUCCUCAUAGAUCAGGGAGCUAGUCUGCAUCAACCUAACAAUAAAAGUCUGACCCCCCUUCUUUGUGCCGUGGAUGCUGGUCACUGGGAUGUGGCUGACCUACUUUUAGGAAUGGGAUCCUCCUUGGAACAGACAGACAAACAUGGUAGAACACCUCUGAUGAUAGCAGCCUACAAAGGCCAUAUUGGUGUACUGGAGAUGCUGCUAGCCAGAGGAAGUUCCUUGCACCAAGUGGAUAAGGAGGGACUGACUGCCCUCUGUUGGGCCUGUCUGAAGGGACACCAUCAUAUUAUACAAACCCUCCUAGACAAGGGAGCUAACCUCCAUCAUGUGGACAGAAGGGGGAGAACUCCUCUUCAAUUGGCAGCAUUCCAUGGGGAUGCUCAAGUAGUACAAGCCCUGAUAGAGAGAGGAGGGCAAAUAGAGCAUGCUGACCAGAAUGGAAUGAGAGCUUUGGACCGAGCUAUUGACAGGAGGAACACGGCAGUGGUGGUGUGUUUCCUGAAGAAGGGGGCUAAGCUGGGUCAGACGACGUGGGCCGUGGCAGCAGGAAAGCCUGAUGUUCUCUUACUGCUGUUAAAUAAACUGAUGGAGGACGGGAAUGUAUUGUAUAAAAAAAAUCGUAUCAGGGAGGCAGCACAGAGAUACCAGUACGCCCUGAAGAAAUUCCCCGAGGACAGAAUAGUAGAGGACUCACGCACUUUCAAAGACCUGAAGCUGAAUCUCCUUCUCAACCUCUCCAGAUGUAAACGCAAACUCAAUGACUGUCAGUCAGCCAUAGAACUGGCCACACAGGCAUUGCAGAUCAAAAAUAAAUGUUUUGAGGGAUACUAUGCUCGAGCUCGAGCCAAGAGAGAUGACAGACAGUUUUCGUCUGCAGUGGAGGAUCUAAAGGAAGCAUUGAAGUUAGCUCCAAAUAAUCGCGAGCUUCAGAGGCUGCUGACCAGAGUAAGAGAUGAGUGCACAGAACAGGCUCGUUACGAAAACACACACGGAAGUCGAUCCAGCCUAAUGGAUCAGGGAGAGAGGCGAGCAGAGGAAACAGCUCUGUAGGAGGUCAAUUCUGUAUCAGGACAAACAACAUUCAUCAAUUAUGCAAUUACACUGGAAUAAAAGCUUUAAACUAUUUUUAUUUGAAUAUGAGGCAAACAAGCUAAUACUUUGUUUGUGAUAAGACUUUUUGUUUCGUUUAGCAAGGAAUGUAACAAAAUUAUGGUAGAUCUCAGUUAAUUGAACACAAAAUGUAGAUUUGUGCUAAAUGUUUUAGUUGUGGCAGAUUGGUGCUAAGUGGCCUGAGUUUAAAAGUCCUCAUUGUGACUGGCCUGUCCUCAUUGUGGAGUGCUGAUUUGUUCAAACAUUUUAAUAUGUGCUUUUGUUUUUAUAUUUUUUUGUUGUGCAAGAAAGAAAUGGCAUCAUUAUGUUUUAAUAUGUGCUUCUAAUAGUUAUUUCAACAUUUACUGUGUAUAUGUAAUGUUUUCAUUGAAUGAUGGAAGAAAGUUUCUACAAAGUAUAGAACUUUCAAGGGAGAUUAUUCUUUGUGUACAGUUAAGUUUGUGAUGGUCAUGUGAGAGUUCCAGAGUUUCACCAACUAGAAGGAAACAUUCCUUAGGUUUCCAUGGUAAUUGUACUUUACUUUCAUUAUUGAAUUCAUUUAAAUUCAUUGAUGUUAUAUUUAUAGUGUAAAUACUGUAUAUAUUUGGAAUGCUGUAAUGAACACAUUGUAGCAGUUAUAAUUUAAGUCUUUUUUUAUCAUCUCUUUGCCAUGAACAAGUGCAAUUAAUUAUAGUGGAAAUGUCAACAAACUUGUCAUUUU